AAUUUAUUUAUAUUUUUAACAGGAAUGAAAAUGACACCUGAAAACUUGGCAAUGGGAAUAUUUCUCUUCUUUCACAUUACUUUGGGAGUUCUUGGUAAUUAUAUAAUACUGUUUUAUUAUGUCUUAAUGAUAGUCACCAGAAAGCGUUUAAUGCCCAAAGACGUGAUUAUAGAGCACUUGACUUUUGCUAACUGCUUGACUAUCAUUUCAAAAGGCGUUCCAGAGACACUGUCAGACUUGGGAUUUAAAGAUUUCCUGGAUGAUAUGGGAUGUAAAUUGAUACUUUAUAUUUACCGAAUAGUGAGGGGGAUGUCCCUGUAUGCUAUGUGCCUACUGAGUUGUUUCCAAGCAAUCACAAUCAGCCCCAGCACCUCCAAGUGGAUGAUGUUUAAACACAAAGCCACCAAGUACAUUGGUCCUUCCUGCUCAGUUAGUUGGCUUGUGAACCUGCUUCUAAACAUCUUGACUCCAGCAAGAGUGUUAGGACCCAGUUACAACAAAAAUGUAACUAACAUAGUGAAUUAUGGAUACUGCUCAUGGUUUACUUCUAGAAAUAUGGCAACUGCACUGUAUAUGUUUCUACUCUGCUUCUCUGAUGGCUUGUGUUUGAGUCUCAUGGCCUGCUCAAGUAUCUCCAUGGUAAGUAUCCUCUACAGUCACAAAAGACAAGUCAAGCAUAUCCAUGGUGCUCAGCAUUUUCUAAAAGUCUCUCCAGAGGACCGAGCCACCCAAACUAUCCUCAUCCUGCUAUGCACAUUUGUCUUCUCUUACUCAAUCUCUUCUGUACAUGUAAUCUUUACAAGCUACUCCAAAGACUCAGGAAUAUGGGGAAUGAGUAUAUUUAUAUUUCUAGAAAUAUGCUUUCCAAUAUAUUUCCCCUUUGUUCUCAUCAGCAAUUUCAAGUCUAGUUGCACCCUGUUUUUAUCCUUCUAUAAUAAGAAAUAUCUUCCUCCAAAUAUUGCUUGAGCCAAGGUAAUUUUCAUCUUCUUGUAUAUUGUAUUAUCAUAUUAUAUAUUGUAGAAUGACAAGACUGCAGUUUGAAAAUGUCAAUCAUCAUUUUUUUUCAUUCUUAUUGGAUACUUUAUGUAUUUAUAUUUCAAAUGUUAUCCCUUUCCUGG